GAUGUUAUUGAUUGUAGAGGAGAGAAAUCUAUAUGUAUAAAAGGAUAGUGGGCAGGAGUCUGCGAAGAGAGGGGUCGUGAGGGAGGAAAGAAUCCCUGCAAGGAGAUGGAGGCUGCCAUUGUGUGAAUUAGAUGAGGAAACAAGAUGAACAAGAUCUGUUAACUCAGGGAGAGAGAGAGAGAGAAGAAGGGAGGGCAAGAGCGAGUGGAGCAGAGAGGAAGAGAGAAAAAGAAGGGAGGGGAAGAGAGAGAGAGAAGGAAGAGUGAGGGAUGGGCCUGAGCCUGCCAGCGUCCUGAGGGGAACGAGCAGGCAUGGUGGUGCCUAUUGGCCACAAGGAAGGGCCCAGUCAACCACUGCUGCUGUUUGCGGCUACAGAGGCCAUUGGCGGAGGGAGGCGGGCAGGUAAGGGACGGGACUGGGCCUGCCAGUGGCCUGAGGGGAAUGAGCGACCAUGGCGGCAGUGAGGAAGGGCCUGAUCAACUGUUGCUGCUGCUCCUGUGGGGAGGAAAAGGAGCAGGGCUCAGGUGGGGAGGUCUCUGGAGCUAGGGGGCUACAGCUUGCCCUGUAGGUGCCAGCAACACUGCAGCCAUGACCAAAAGGGGUGAGGGGGAUGGAGUAAAGGGAUGGAGGAGUGACCAAGAGAGGUGAGGGGGAUGGAAGGAACCAGAUGGAGGAGGAGCAAGAGUAUGGCUCAGGUGAAGGUGAGGAGAUCUGUGAGGAAACCCCUUCCAAGCACAUCUUCUCCAAGCAUGACAACAGACAUGCCUUCCCAGGAUCGGCUACAUACUUUGAGAAUGGCUUAGGAAGGAGGAGAAUCGAGGGAAGCCUUCCCAACACCCACAAUUUAAUUGACUGGAUCCCCCUGAAAGAGGAGUUACAACGCGAGAGGCCCCUCGUCUCAAGCUACCAGUCCGACUUCCGCUCCAGAGAAAAGGUCCCUCAGGUGCUAGUUCAUCACAGCCAUCAGAGCCUGAGAGGGCAGCCCCUCUACCGCACACCCAGCACCACCUACCAGCGCACGUACCGGAGCUACUGCUUGCGUGAGCCCAGCCUCGGGGCACUCAAAGAGCAGGAAGUGGUCAAAGAGGCCACGCCCCUCCAGCCCACCUCGAGCGAGCCUGCCCCGCCCCCCUCGAGCGAGCCCAUGGCUCUCACCGCAAGCGAGCCCACCAGAGCAGAUGCCAGCACAACCACAAGAGAGGCAGACGUGCCCUUCUAUGGGCGUUCUGUGCACAAGCCAACACGACUGACGGUCUCAGACUGCUUGCGCUGGCACAGUUGCUGACCAUCCCUCUGAUAUUUCCUCGGCAUCUGAACGAGGACCGUUAAAUGCUCCUUUGUACAAGGUUAAAAACAGAAAAAAAAUAAAAUCUUGCUGGACUGUGGAAGAUCUGUCAUGUGUGACAAGAGAGAGGGACCCGAUGAGUUCUACAUGCCCCCCCAGCCCCAAUUCUGCAACAAGGAGAGUCCAUUUGGGUCAUGAAAUGUCUUGAUUUCUGCAUAUGGUCUGCUUUGACAGUCAAGGGUGCUGUGUCGGUCUGUUCAGUUUGCUUCAUCCUGCCUGUAGUCACCAUCAUUACCUGGUCAUUUAGUUUCUUUUUUAAAAGUAAGGACGGAGGGUCCGUGGUAGAGCAGGGUCAAGGAAGUGUUGGGUGAGGUGUACUGGGGGCAAGAGGCAGUGUGGCAGAGCUGUGAGAAACGAGUGGGAUGGUUGGUGAGGGGCAAAGCUGCUGCUGCUUCUCCAGACAUGGCUUGAGCCUUAACAAAGCCUUUGGGCACGGUCACAAAUAAGUGACCUUCAUAAUGCUUUUGUGCCUCUCUCAUGACAACUGUGAAUGUUUCAACUGUAGUUUAUCACAUGCAAGAGACCAGUGUUUAAUUCCGCAAAGGAACUGACUGAAAGAUGGAGAACAAUGGGCCUCAAUGUGCAGCUUCUAGCACUUGUGAAUGGAUGCGUUCUUAGACAGGCUUAUUAGCAAAGAAGUGCCUGGACUCCCCUCUUCUGUUUUAAAAGUUGGUGUUGGAAAUGAGAAAAGGGGGAGGUGCCUACCAAGUGAAUGUUCAUAACGGGAUAUGUUUGUGACUUCAUCACAGAGACACACCCAAACCUGGGAUCCAUAUCCAUGAUAUAUUGAUUGUCAACUGCCUUGGGCAACUUAUUUUGGAAAAGUAAAAAUAAAUAAAAUCUGUGCAAUUCAUCCCA